AUGGACAAAUGUCUCGAGGAGCCUCAGUCUCAGCAGGUAAUAGGCUCAAGCUCGGGGGUCAAGAGGAAAUUUGCAUCGUUCUCCGCCAGUCAAUCCUCAAGAAGACACCAGCACCAUGCGCAAAGACAGACUGUUCCUCCGGUGUGCCCCUCUUGUAAGAAGAACCAUGCUAGGCCAUGUUGGUUGGGAAAAAUAAUAUGUUUCAAGUGCCAGAAGGAAGGACAUUUCGCAAGGGAGUGUCCGAUGACCGGCUCGAAUACCCAAGCGUUAGGCCAGAAGACCCCUGCGGCAACUGCAACUCAAGGUGGAACCCAGAGGGCGCGCAUCUUUCCUCUCACCAGGGGGGAUGUUGAGCAUGCCGAGGCGGUGGUCAGAGGAACUAUUUUAGUGCUUAGUAUACCUGCUUACGCAUUAUUUGACUCUGGAUCUAGUCAUUCUUUCAUUUCUUCUACCUUUGUUCGACAUGCGGACCUAGAGCUAGAAUCGUUAGGCUUUUUGUUGUCGGUAUCCACACCGUCAGGAUCUGUGUUGGUUACUAGCCAAGUGGUGAAAGGAGGCCAACUCUCUUUCGAUGGUCAGACCUUGGAGGUAAAGUUAAUUCAACUGGAUAUGUAG